GGUCAGCCAUGGCGGGCGGGCGGCGGGCAGUGACGGCGGCGCUGCUGGCGCUGGGCUCGGUGGUGCUGGCGCUGGCGGCCGCCGUCCUGCUCCGCGCCUUCGUCCUGCGAGCCCCGGCCGGGGUCCCGCGGCUCUGGGCACGGAGCGCCGGCACCGCCGCCCUCAGCGCGGGCGAGCGGCGGGAGCUCAAGGAGGCGCUGCGAGGGGCCAUUAAAAUCCCAACUGUGUCCAGGUCUCCAGAGGAUUUGAAUACAACUGCCAUGGAAGAAUUUGGGAGUUACAUUCAGAAAGUCUUCCCGGCUGUAUUUUCUUCAAAGUUCAUCCAACAUGAAAUUGUUGGGAAAUACAGCCACCUGUUUACAGUUCAGGGCUCUGCCCCUGGCCUGCUGCCCUAUAUGCUGCUGGCACACAUGGAUGUGGUGCCUGCUCCCCCCGAGGGCUGGGAUUUCCCUCCUUUCUCAGCUGCAGAGCACGAAGGUUUCAUCUACGGACGAGGAACGCUGGAUAACAAAAACUCUGCCAUUGGCAUUCUGCAAGCUCUGGAAUUCCUGCUGAGGAGGAAUUACAGACCCCGCCGCUCCUUCUAUGUUGGCAUUGGCCACGAUGAGGAGGUGUCUGGGCUGAAGGGAGCAAAGAAAAUUGCAGCUCUGCUGGAAGCCAGAGGAGUGAAACUCUCCUUCCUGCUGGAUGAGGGGAGCGCGGUGCUGGAUGGCAUCAUUGCAGGGGUGAAGAAGCCAGUGGCCGUGAUUGCUGUCACAGAAAAAGGUUCAAUGACACUGAACUUCACUGUGGAAAAAGAGCCAGGGCAUUCAUCCUUUCCUCCUAAGGAGACAAGUAUUGGCAUUCUGGCAGCAGCCAUGGCCAGGCUGGAGCAGAAUCCCUUGCGCAACCUGUUUGGCUACGGCCCAGAGCUCAUGACUAUGGAGCACCUCGCAGCAGAGUUCAAGUUUCCUCUCAACAUCAUCAUGAGCAAUUUGUGGCUGUUCUCACCUAUUGUCAGCAGAGUCCUUGCCUGGAAACCUUCCACCAACGCCUUGAUCCGAACGACCACUGCAGUCACCCUGUUUAAUGCAGGAAUCAAGGUGAAUGUCAUCCCUUCCUCUGCGAGAGCCACGGUGAACUUCAGGAUCCACUCAGCUGAGACAGCUGCUGAGGUGCUGGAGACAGUCAGGAACACCAUUGCUGAUGACAGAGUGAAGAUUGAUGUGGUGGAGGCCUUUGACCCCCUGCCCAUCAGUCCUUGGGAUGAGCAGACAUUUGCAGUCCAUAUUUUUCAAAGAACCAUCCUGGACACUUUCCCAGAUGUUGACAGUGUAGUCCCAGGCACGUGCAUUGGAAACACGGACAGCAGGCACUUCACCAACGUCACCAAGGCCAUUUACAGGUUCAACCCUCUGCUCCUGAAACAGGAUGAUCUCCCCAGGAUCCAUGGGUUGAAUGAGAGAAUCUCCCUUGAGAAUUAUGAGAAACAGGUGGAGUUCCUCUUUCAGCUGAUCAAGAACUGUGACAUUGAGACACUUCCAGAGCCCCACGCCAACUCCCACGAGCUCUGAGAGACUUCUGGGAAGAGCAGCUGCAGGUGGACUCUGGGACAGAGGGCUGAAGAUGCAGUUUUGUCUUGUGUAUUGAGCUAUAGCUGGAAUUUGGGGUUUUUUAUAUUGUGGUUUACAUACAGAUGGGAAAAGUGCUGGUUGUGUGAUAGGAACCUGGCCAAGCCCAACAAAUAACCCUGAGAUCUGCUCUCCGUGCUCUGAUGUGCAGCCAUUAAUCUGACACUAAUUUUUUUCUGCACUUGAAACGUCUGAAAUUGGUAAUCACUAAAAAUCUAAGCUGUAAUCAGCAGUCACUCACCACUAGAAGGUGACUCAUCCUGUGUGCUUCUGACAAACUCCUUUUUUAUGGUGAAUGGACCUUUCUCAGGUGAGGACUCUGCCAGAAGCUCCUGGGGAGGGUUUGUGGUGUGGUGAAAGGCUUCCUGUCACUGGUACAGCCACACUGAGAGGUUCUUGCCCUGCUGCUGGGCACUGCUGCUUCCCAGGGGAUUUUCCCAGGGGAUUCUCCCAAGCUGCUUCCCAGGGGAUGAUCCAUGGUACUCUGAGCCAGGGUCAGUGUUCACUCCAUGGCUGCACUGAUUUCUCACUCUAUUUUCAGGUACUCCAGGACUUCCAUGUUGUUGUAACUGAGGAGGUGCUGAAAACUUUCCUUCCCAUCGUUUUGGUGAUGAUUUUUUUCCCUCCCUGACUCAUGGUGUGGCUCAGGGUGUGUUGUGCAACUGGGUGUCAGAAUAAGGGAUUGCAGCUUUAAAUAAGGAAUUAAAUCCUUGUUGUCUGCUCGUCUCUUUUCUCACUGAAUCACUUUAUGCUUCCCCUUUGCUCUUCUGAGAACUUACUUGUGAAAGAUGUGAAGCCUUUCAGUUUCUCCCAGUUCAGAGGGCUCAGAGGUUUGUUCCUUCACUGCCAGUGCGAGCAAUUUCCACUUUCCUGCUCAGUUUUUUGGGAAUCCUGGGGAAGGCAGGCCAUGGAUGUUGAUUCUGCUUCAUCUUGCACUUCUUGCCUACCUAUGACAGCACUAAAGGCUUCAGUAUUCUUUCAACCCCUUGGCAGUUGGGGUUACAAGUAUUAAUUAGACAAAUAAUUUAUUUAAUCAGUUAAUUAAAUUAAUUCUAUCAAUAUUUAACAAAGUGAUGUUAGCCAAAGAAGAGCCUGAAAGCUGCUGUGUGGCAGUGACAGUGCCUGUGCUGCAGGGACCAGUGCAGCUCCUCCUGCUGCACACAUGUGUCUGUUUUUCAGAGCUUAAAUUAUGCACUGGAAUGGGUGGAUGUUCUGCUCUAAAUUCAUACUGUGAAAUGUGCUGGAAUGUACAGGAAAUACUCUGAAAUGUAUCCUGAAAAACACUGAUGGAACUGUGAUUCCAAUACUUUCCAUUCAUUAUUUAUUUGUAGUCUGAUCUUAUCACUGUGGCCAGAGGGCUCCAACUGUAUCACUGAAUAAUUGAAACAAAACUGACAGUUUCAUCUAAUAAAACAAGGAAUG